UAGUGAGCUGUCAAAAUCUGUCAAACUUGCGUGGUGUAGUAGUUGCUUUGGUUGAUGUAAUACUUAAAUAAUUAGUAAUAAAGAGUGUACAGUGUGCGUAGCGGCAUGUACAUGCAUGAUGCAAAAUACCAUAGCAUUCGUAACUAUCACUGCACCACAAGCGAUCGGCCGCAAUAAAUGCGUAUCUGGUAACAUAAUCGUGGAUAAACAACGUUUUGAAAUCACAAGUGACGUGAAUACUCGUGCGAUGGUGUCUUGAGAUUAGUAAACGGAAUUUCCCGGACAGUUAACUAGUUAUUGACUGUCAACAAUGGCAGGAUCCACUCUGCCCGAAAGGGUUGCUCAGAUAUAUUACACAUACGGCUUAUUUUGUUCAUCGUAUCCAAUAACAGCAAUCACAUUAGCAUUAUCUGUUUUGUUACUGUGUUGCUAUCCUCUGUUAAAUGUACCUCUGCCGGGAAACAUACCAACAGUGGUGACAUUACCACUUCAAGGUGACGUCUAUGACUUCACGAACCCCGAUUGCACUCAAAACAAAUGUGGUCAAGACAGGUCGUCAUACUUGGAUAUCCUGUAUAAUGAGACGCAGAAACUUCCUUAUAUUUGGGCAAAGGACAAACCUCUUCUAUAUGUGCAACAGAUCAUUAUGAAAAUUGGUGUCUCACCAUGGAACAACAAUUUAAAGAUGUGGGAUGCCUUCAGAGCACCCUUGCAAGAAGUAUUUCGUUUGCUGGAGACUAUAAGGAACCAUGAGGAUCCAGAAACAAAGAGCACCCUACUCCAGCAUUGCUAUCAGAUCGGCGGUAUCAAGCGCCGGGAUAGCAAGGCCAGUACUGAGCGCGUCCUGCCUGAGUACAGCUGUCUACUGCUAUCGCCUGCCAACUUGUGGCAGCAGAACCUACAGUCUUUCUCACUUGACGCCAAUAUCAUCAACACAGUUUAUAACUACCAGAAUCUCCAAAAAGCCAAAGCGAGCAUAGCAGAAAUGGCGUUUGGUAUGCAACUAAGAGAGACUGGUAUCAAAAGGUAUCCGUUGAGAGCUCGACCCCGAGUCCUGCAGUAUGCCGUCACUAUAUUCUACCAACAGCCAGACCAAAGAUUUAUCCAAUCGCUAAUGAGAAAGCUGAAGGAAAUGUACCCGCUUUACCAAGAGGCCCCAUAUACCCACAUCAACGAAUUCACUCUAGUAUAUUACCCAGGACAAUUCAACUAUAGAGAACUAGUCCCUCUAACUAUUACAUUUGUGGGACUAUUUCUAUACGUAUAUUUUUCUGUUCGCAAAAUAGAAUUUAUAAGGUCAAAAUUAGGUCUGGCUGCUUGUUCAGUACUCACUAUAGGUGGCAGUCUUGCAAUGUCUAUGGGAAUUUGUCUAUAUUUUGGAUUCUCCUUGAGCUUACAAGGUAAGGAGAUUUUCCCUUACCUAGUGAUUAUCGUAGGACUGGAAAACGUUCUUGUUCUCACGAAGAGCGUUACAUCGACUGACUCGCGACUCGACGUCAAGAUCCGCCUGGCGCAGGGCCUCAGCAAGGAAGGCUGGUCCAUCACCAAGAACUUACUCACAGAGAUCACAAUACUCACCGUCAGCUUCUUCACCUUCGUACCAUUCAUCCAGGAGUUCUCAAUAUUCAUGAUAGUUAGUUUAAUAUCAGACUAUUUCAUUCAAAUGGCAUUCUUCGCCACAAUACUAGGAGUCGAUGUACGACGCAUGGAAUAUUUCCAAGACCAAAAUAACAAGUUACACCUCAAAGAGUAUUUUAAUGCUAAUAACGCGCUGAACUGGAGGUUCAGUAAGAAUUAUGUAGAAGAGAACAGUUUUUCACCUCAAAGAAUGACGAAAUCGAAAUCGCAUCCACGGCUGAACGGUUUGGCGCACAACACUCCCACGGAUGUCGUGGCGAAGAGGAACUCCAGCCCGGGUCACCAGGACCACAGAGUGCCGAAGCGCAUCCGCCUCGUCAACAUGUGGGCGCGGACGCGCUUCUUCCAACGAGCCUUCAUGGUCUGGAUGCUGGUUUGGAUAUCUAUGAUAGUCUACAACUCUGGGGUCGUAGAUUACUUUAUAAGCAAUAUAGAGAAAACUGACGCUGAGGUGAACAGAAAGAAUUACGAAAAACACGAACCAAAACACUCAACGUUUGUAUUUUAUAACAACAGCGAUAGAAAUCAACUGGUGUUCCCGCCGCUGAUAGAUAUUGACGCUGAAAAGACGGUAGUCGAUGCAAAUGAUACUAUUAUGCUAAAACAUUCACCACACUCGCGGCCUUGGUCCAGAUUGUCAUCCCACCACUGGUCGGCGAUACUGUCUCACUACAACGAGUCGGUGGCGGGGCGCCACGUGGCGGUGUUGCCACCCCUGCUGCUGAGCCAACGCGUGGCGCCCGAGCUCGCGGCAGGGGUGCGCAACCCUGACGAGCGCGACCCGCCGCCGCUGCGAUGGCAGGCCCUGGCGGCCGCGCUUGAUCCCAUUGAUAUGAUGCCAGAUUUUGAGGUGACCGAGGGUAAGACUCAGCCGCACCAAUGGGGAAAGGGAUCAGAUUUGCCCAUUUACCCGACCACGCCGAUGGAAAUCUUACUUCUGGCCAUAUUGUGCACGAUCAGCGUUGCAGUCAUUGCCUACAUGAUGGUUGUGCUUUACCGAUGCGUGUGUUCUCGCCACUACGCCGAAUGGCGGGCGUCGUGGAGUGACGACGAUGAAUACAGGAAGAUUGUAGCGAAGCAACCUGCUGUCCAGCUGGUGAUGGAAGCUGUGCCGUUAGUGGUGGCUGGUCACAGCCAAGAAGUGGAGUGCCUGGUGACGGAUGGAGAGAAAAUCGUCAGUUCGUGUCUGCAAGGCAACAUCAAAGUCUGGGACUCGCAGAACGGAGAGAUCAUCACUAACAUCGACCGCGGGGCGUUCUUCAAGUUACAAAAGGAUUUGUACGAGAAGGUUUCGAAGAAAAGUAAUUUGGCAUAUGAGCCGCGUGAAGUUAAUCAUAGUCCAGAACAAUCGCCAAGAACAAGCGAGAACGUGCACAGGCUUCGCAAAGGAUUAAGCAGUUACCUUAGCGGCCUAAGGUUUCGGUCAGUAGCGCGAGGGGACUUGCCGCAACACCUUUCCGCUGCUGAAACCACCAAAUAUGAUUUUGCUAAGAAUUACAGAAAUUUAUACUGCGGAGACGGACAAGACGUUUUAUACAAUUGUUACGAGGCUAAAGAAAAUGUGGAUACUAGUAAUUUAAAUAUAAGUCACCAAAAUACAUCAAUCAAUAAUGUUAAGGAUAGUGAUAAAAGUGAUGAAAACAUUUUCGUAUUUAAUUCAUGUGAGAAUUCAGUGUACAGUGUAGAUGAUAAGUGUAAUGAUAAGUCUAUGGUAAAUGACAGUGGGGCCACAAUAGAGGAGAGUGACAAUGGUAACUUAGUAAGUAAUUUAGACUGGAGAGGGAAAGCGAUCAAAGAAUCUCCUGUGUGGUGUAUGGACUUUUGUAACGAUCUUAUCAUAUUGGGUUGUGCCGACGGACGACUGGAGUUUUGGGAAGCAAGCUCUGGGAAACUCAUGUGUGUAUGGUGGAGCGCGGAAGGCGGCGCGACGCACGUCCGCGCGCUAGCGGGCGCGCGGCGCGUGUGCGCGGCCUCGCUGGCCGGCCACCUCACGCUGCUGCGUCUCGACGCCUACAACGCGGCGUCCGGCGCGCACGUCGACUGGCACUUCAGUACCGCGCACAGAACCACGCACAAACGCACGGGAUCAGCGGGCUCGUUAAGGGUGGGUCACGCCCGUGACGACUCAACGCGCGCUAGAAUGAGUUUCUCUUAUGAAGCUGAUCUCAGCGACGGAGAAGAAGUGGUGUGCUCAAGGAUAGCGCAGUGCAGGCCCCACCAGCAGCCGAUCACCGAGAUGCACUCUGAAGGAGGCCGCAUCCUCACUGGGGGACAAGAUCAUGUACUCAAGGUGUUCUCAAGUGAUCUGAACCCGCUGUUCACGCUGCAUGGCCACUGCGGACCCAUAACGAGUUGCUUCAUCGAUCACGCGACGCCCACGAUAGCGGGUAGUGGCUCCCAAGACGGCUUACUAUGUGUAUGGGAUCUACAUACCGGUGCCUGUCUAUACAGCAUGCAAGCCCACGAUGGAGCGGUGACGUCACUCGCGUACACUGCUUCGUACGUUGUGUCGGCGGGCGCGGACGAACGGCUGUGUAUCUGGGACCGGUUUCAGGGACACAUGCUCAACUCCAUUCAUAUUGGUCUGAACUACAUGAGCCGCAUGCUGCCGCUGACGCAUACAAUGCUAGUGAUGGGUGAUCGCAGCGGACUCACGGCGUACGACCUCAGCAGUGGUGACGUCAUACGACGAGUACUCCUAGGCCAGAGCGACGGAUGUAUCUUCGUGAGACAGAUAUUACCGUUGAAAGAUGCAAUAGUUUGUGACUACGCGAAUCAGUUACGAAUCGUUCGCUUCCCGCUGGUCUCCAGAUUAUGUGAUAUGAAAAACGAGUAAAUAAUGCCAACAAUUAGACGUAAUUACCAGGACAACAGAAAACAACGCAUAUUUUUAAGACUAACUUAUCAUUGUGUACAUGUAAUGGUGUACUGUAACGAUAGACUUGAAUAGUGUCUUAUUAGCCUCCGUAACACAUUUAUUAUGUGAUUACUUCACAACCUCGUAUCACUAGGAUAUUUAUUAUAAUAUAAUGUAUUUGAAUAUCGUUUUAGCCUCGUUCCAAAUCCAAAUGACGAACUAUUUACUAAUACAGAAAAUAUGUUUUAAAACUGAUAACGUAUGCUGAAAGCAAAAAAAAACUUUCAAGAUUAUAUUUAUUUCUGGGCAUAAGGUGAGCCUCAAAUGACAAUAAUACAAUGUGAUGAAAAGAAGACCGUACGAGGAGGGUUAUACGUGACUGCGAGAAAUAUGUCAUUAAACAUGCAUCGAACUUUAAUUCAUACCUGCAGCGAUCAUAUUUAUUAUUAAAAAGUGCCUGUAAAAAAACCCUCACACUGGCAAUGUUCUGGUGUAUAGGCUCGCGCGCAAUCAGACUCAUCGAAAUACUUUCGAGAUCAAGAUUGGCAAAAGUGGUGCCUUUGAGAACUAUUAACACACACACAUCUUAAAACAAAGGCCUGAAACCACUUUAACGAAGACUGUCUGCAGUACUUUACUUUCUAGAACGCUAUUCUAAUGACAUAUUUACCGUUAAUUGUCACUGAACAUCGUUUUUCAUCCCCUACUUUAGUCCAUUCCCUUCCUAGUUUUAUUUUAAAGUUGCCAUAGUUAAUUGGCGAAAUAAUUGUUAACUAAAUAAAAACAUAAUUGUCAAAUAAUUAAUAUGCUAAUUAAGUAGGUUAUCAAAAUUAAAGUUUUAUCGACGUUUAACGAUACACUGCUUUUUUACACAGAGAUUUAAGAUGAGCUCCGUUGGAAGUUAUUGUUGUAAAUUAAAAUAUCUAUCUAAUAAUA